AUGACACCGGAUUUGCCAGAUCACACUCGAACUGAUGGCGGUGGAUGGGGACCGCCAGAAGGUAAACAACGUCGUUUGAUUGCAUUCACUGACAUUUCGGGACCAUCAUACGCUGUUCGAUCUACAAUGGUAAAUAAGUCUCCAUCUGAUUUCUAUUCGCUUUUUGUCACUGACGAUAUGUUGCAUUUUUUUGUUUCUGCAACUAACCAAUACGCUAUUGAGCAAAUAACUAUGAAACCUAACGCUUCUGCUGGUGCGCGAAUCAAACAAUGGGUUCCAACUAACUAUACAGAGAUGAAAAAAUUCUUGGGCAUGCUUCUCUUCAUGGGUGUGGUCAAACUACCAAAAUUAUCGGAUUAUUGGUCGAAGGACGAAGUUAUCGGUCAUCCUUUUCCUAGAACUGCUAUGUCACGUAACCGCUUCGAAAUUCUGCUUCGCAUGUUGCAUUUUUCUGAAGAUGACGAGAAAAACAAGGCCGAUCGACUUCAUCGUGUAAGGAAGCUAAUGAACGAUUUGAAUGAGUGUUUUCGGCAACAUUAUACGGCAAAUGAAGAUAUUUGUAUCGAUGAUUUUAUUUAG